AUGUUGGAUGACAUCCAUAACCACUGGAAGAAGGCUGAAGCUGUGAGAAUUAAGUGCUUGGGUGUGCCAACCCUCGACAUGGACCAUGUUUGCUUCCACCUUGAGGAAAGGGUGGAGUCACUCACAACAUGUUGGAUGACAUCCAUAACCACUGGAAGAAGGUCUGAAGCUGUGAGAAUUAAGUGCUUGGGUGUGCCAACCCUCGACAUGGACCAUGUUUGCUUCCACCUUGAGGAAAGGGUGGAGUCACUCACAACAUGUUGGAUGACAUCCAUAACCACUCGGAAGAAGGUUGAAGCUGUGAGAAUUAAGUGCUUGGGUGUGCCAACCCUCGACAUGGACCAUGUUUGCUUCCACCUUGAGGAAAGGGUGGAGUCACUCACAACAUGUUGGAUGACAUCCAUAACCACCGGAAGAAGGUCUGAAGCUGUGAGAAUUAAGUGCUUGGGUGUGCCAACCCUCGACAUGGACCAUGUUUGCUUCCACCUUGAGGGUGGAGUCACUCACAACAUGUUGGAUGACAUCCAUAACCACUGGAAGAAGGCUGAAGCUGUGAGAAUUAAGUGCUUGGGUGUGCCAACCCUCGACAUGGACCAUGUUUGCUUCCACCUUGAGGGUGGAGUCACUCACAACAUGUUGGAUGACAUCCAUAACCACUGGAAGAAGGCUGAAGCUGUGAGAAUUAAGUGCUUGGGUGUGCCAACCCUCGACAUGGACCAUGUUUGCUUCCACCUUGAGGAAAGGGUGGAGUCACUCACAACAUGUUGGAUGACAUCCAUAACCACUUGGAAGAAGGUUGAAGCUGUGAGAAUUAAGUGCUUGGGUGUGCCAACCCUCGACAUGGACCAUGUUUGCUUCCACCUUGAGGUCCAUACCUGA